AUGGCCGAUUGGAUUGUCUCGAUUGUAGUGGAGAAGUUGAACACCAUCCUCCAAAAUGAAGUGGCUCUGUUGGUGGGUGUCACCUACAAGAUUGAAAAACUUUCUCGUACGUUCACCUUGAUCCAAGGUUUUCUUGAAGACGGUGAGUCGCGGCGUCUGAUGGACCAAGAGGUGGAAAUCUGGAUGGAGAGGGUCAAAGACGUGGCGUACGAUGUGGAUGACAUACUAGAAUGGACGAUGGAAGCUCUCAUAUCACAAGUACCUGCUGAAGGUGAUGGGUCCUCUUUCAGCAAGCAGACGGUAAGGAGUUCCUUCUCACUUGUUACUUCCUUCAAUCAUUUCGUAUUACGCCACAAAAUUGGGGGUAGGAUAAAGAAGACACGGAAAAGAUUAGAUUCCUUCUCACUUGUUACUUCCUUCAAUCAAUUCGUAUUACGCCACAAAAUUGGGGGUAGGAUAAAGGAGACACGGAAAAGAUUAGAUUCUAUCGCUGAAGAGGCGAAUCAAUUGUUUAUUAAAUCUGAUAGCGGAGAGAGGAAGAGAGAGUGUAGUGAAGUGAGACAGGACAGAAACAGCAAGAGAGAAACAGGCUCCCUAGGCGACCGAACGGCAAUUGUAGGCAGAGAAGAUGACAAAAAUAAAAUCCUAGACUUGCUGCUGAGGAAUAGCGAAGAGAUGAAUGAGGCGCCCUCUAUCAUUUCUAUAGUUGGAAUGGAUGGGCUGGGCAAGACCACCCUUUCUCAGCUCGUCUACAACGAUGAGAAAGUAAUAGGGCAUUUCAACAUGAGAGUGUGGGUAUCGGUUUCUAACUAUUUUGGUUUACAAUGGAUUAUGAAAUCAAUUAUAAGAACUGUGGACACUGAGUUUAAUGGUGAACAUUUAGGCUUGGAUCAAUUGCAACUUCGCCUCGGUGAAGUGUUGUAUGGAAAAAGAUUCUUGGUUGUGCUCGACGAUGUUUGGAGCGAAGACAGCAAGAAGUGGGACAAGUUGAGACUUCCCUUCAAUGCCGGUGCACUAGGUAGUCGAAUCAUUGCAACCACUCCUAGCGAGGAUGUUGGGCGGGCGAUGGGAAGCACUCACAUUUACAGACUGCCAUUCUUAUCCUAUGAUGACUGUUGGUUAUUAUUCAGUCGAAGAGCGCUUGAGCAUCGGAGUGUAGAAGAGCGUCCGGAGUUGGAAGAGGUAGGAAGGAAAAUCGUAAAGAAGUGUGGAGGCCUGCCUCUCUCAGUAAUUGCAAUAGCGAGUACCAUGCACUCAAUAAGGACGAGAAGGGAAUGGGAGCUUGUCUUGGAAAGCGACAUAUGGAACUCAAGUGAUGUCGUGGGAGACAUUUUACCAAAUUCGUUACUUAGAUACCAGGAAUUGCCUCUUGCUCUGAAGCAGUGCUUCAUAUACUGCUCUAUUUUCCCAAAAGAUUGGCUGUUAGAGGAAGAUACGAUGGUCAAGUUAUGGGUCGCCCAAGGCUUCAUCCGCUCCGAUGGAAGUACAGACCUGGAGGAAAUUGGAAGUCUGUGUUUUAAAAAUUUAGAAUACUACCAGUUACUCCAAUAUGCAGGACGCGAUUAUGACAAAAAUAUAUUCAAUUAUAAGAUGCAUGAUUUAGGUCGCUAUCUCGCACAAUCUGUUGCUGGAAGUGACUAUUCAGUGGUGAAGAUCAGAGAGAAAGCCUUGUUGAACCUAAACAAUAUUCGCCAUUUACUUUUAAUUGGCGAUCAUGAUGCUGAAGAAAUGGCUUCCAUUUGGCCCACCUUGUAUAAGUUCCACAAGUUGCGGACGUUGCUAGUAGAUGCAAAAAUCUCCGAGGUGCCAGAAAAACUAUUUCGUCAUUUGAAAUACCUUAGGGUAUUGGACUUGAGCCGCACUGACAUGAAGAAAUUUCCUCGAACAGUGCCACAGUUGAUACAUUUGAGAUAUCUUGAUUUAUCUUCCACAGGCAUUGAGAAGCUGCCAGCGUGGGUGAGCGAUUGCGGAAAUUUACAGACCCUGAGACUCAACGGCUGUGAUUUGCUGCACAAACUGCCUAGAGGGAUGGGGAAAAUGAGGAGCCUGCGACAUCUGGAAUUAAAAUGUCAUCUUACAAUUGAUAGCACUCACCAUCUGAGGUACUUACCGCAGGGUAUAGGGAGUCUAACUAGCCUUCGGACAUUAACAGAUUUCAUUGUGGGGGGUGACAACGAAGGGUGUAAAUGUGGGGAACUGAAACACCUCAAUAAUCUUCAAGGAAGACUUCAAAUUAUCGGCUUGGAGAAUGUUGGGAGCAGUGAAGAAGCUAUGGAGGCAGAACUGGAUAAGAAGCAGCACCUUCAGGCUCUAUCCUUGCAGUACGACUACAGAAGUGGCGAACCAUUGGGUGAAGAUGUUAAGAAGGCAGAGGACGUGCUCGAAAGUCUCCGGCCAAAUGCAAACUUGGAUGAGUUAGAUAUAUGGUGUUACCAAGGUUCCAAGUUUCCCAAGUGGAUAGAGGAUCGGUUGUUCUUCAAUCUAGUCCAGGUGAAUCUCAUUUAUUGUUGCAAGUGUAAACAACUGCCGGGUCUUGGGAAACUUCCGUCCCUUGAAAAGCUUACAAUUCGGGGUAUGAAAGAGGUGAGAUACGUGGGUGAUGAGUUUAGUGGGGAUGAUAACAAUGAUAAAAGCGAUGGUGGCGUCUCAUUCCCCAGGCUGAAGACCCUCAUCUUCUCUGAAAUGCCAAAUUGGGAAGAGUGGGAAUUGAGACGUGGAGAUGGAAAGGUGAUGCGAUUUCUCCAAGAAUUAGAAAUAAAUGACUGCACAAAGUUAAAAGCAUUGCCCUGGAACCUUCCACCUUCCAUCAAGAAGCUCACUUUAAACAUAAGCAAUGAUGGGAUGUCAUCAGGAGGGCCCUUGCCCGUACUUCCCUACCUUGAGAUUUUAGUGAUUUCGAGGAGUCCUGAUCUGACGUCGCUCCCUUGUACUUGGUUGGGAAAACUCAAAGCCCUCAAACGUCUGGAAAUCCAUAGAUGCCCAAGGUUGAAGUCUCUGUCUCUACCAGAGGAGCUGCAACACCUCACCAAGCUUCAAGAAUUGAAAAUAGCGAUGUGUCCACUCUUAGAAAAGCGCUGCCAAGAGGGAGGAGAAUAUCGGGACAAGAUUGCCCACAUCCCUUACAUCAGCAUUGGUCUUGAUUUGAAUGAUCCAGCCUAA